UUCUGUUCCGUUCAAGGUUUGGAACCUGAUGAGCUCUGGUGACCUGUGCAUCCCUCUGCAGAGAAAGAGGAGGGAGAGGCUUGCUUUCUCUGGACUCUAGCGGUCACAUCCCAUCAGGAGCCCUGAAGGCCCACCUCAAGCAUCAUCAACAUGGAGUUCUGAAGUCCAUGUGGCUCCUCACCGUGAACCAGGUCUUAAGGAAAAUGCAGAGACGCCACAGCAGCAACACGGAUAACGGUCCACCUGAAAGAAAUCGCAGCCAAGCGCUCAGCUCCGAGGCGAGCGUGGAUGAAGGCGGCGUCUUUGAGAGUCUGAAGGCAGAGGCGGCCUCCCCACCUGCACUCUUCUCCGGCCUCCCCGGCCUCCCUGCCAGCAGCCUCCCCACCGCCCCAUUCCCAUCCAGCCUGGUGCUGGGGGCAUCGGCCGGAGGAGGGGACGUGUUCAUCCAGAUGCCAGCGUCCAGGGAGGAGGGCGGGGGCCGGGGCGAGGGGGGCACCUACCACCACCGCCAGCCCCUCCAUCACUUCCACCAUGGCGGCCACCGCGGGAGCUCGCUGCUGCAGCACGUGGGUGGGGACCACCGCGCUCACUCCGACGAGGGGGGCGACGAGCAGCCAGGGACGCCCGCCCCUGCCCUGUCCGAGCUGAAGGCCGUGGUCUGCUGGCUCCAGAAAGGCCUGCCCUUCAUCCUGAUCCUCCUGGCCAAAGUGUGCUUCCAGCACAAGCUCGGCAUUGCCGUGUGCAUCGGGAUGGCCAGCACCUUUGCCUAUGCCAACUCCACGCUGCGAGAACAGGUCUCUCUGAAGGAGAAGAGAUCGGUGCUGGUCAUCUUGUGGAUCUUGGCCUUUCUGGCAGGAAACACCCUAUACGUGCUCUAUACAUUCAGUUCCCAACAGCUGUACAACAGCCUCAUAUUCCUGAAGCCCAACCUGGAGACACUGGACUUCUUCGACCUGCUGUGGAUUGUGGGCAUCGCAGACUUCGUGCUGAAGUACGUCACCAUCGCCCUCAAGUGCCUGGUCGUGGCCUUGCCCAAGAUCAUCCUGGCUGUCAAGUCCAAGGUAGGCAUUGGCUGCGGCCACGAGGUAGCCCCAUUAAUGCCCAUCAUGCAGGGGAUUCGGGGCACCUUCUGGAGGAGGAAAGAAUAGGCCUGGGCGGAGCGGAUGUCAGCGUUUAAAAUAAACAGAGCCCAUCACCCACUCUUACAAUUCCCUGAGUCUGAGCCUGGCUUCUCGUUGUCACCACCGUCCUUUGCUCUCCAAGGGCACU